UCUUUUUUUUGCUAUCCAAACAUGCAACUCAAUUCCCGCGCAAACUGACCUGCACGACGUCUUGCUGCAAUGCAAGUCAGCGCAAAAUCUGCUGCAUGCACGCACGAGGGCAGCCUAGCUGGAUAGCACAAGUGUUGCCCUGGCUAACCCCCUAGGUGGUCUGUUGAAGAACAUUUCAUCAAUAUCCAUCAAACGCUUCAAGCAUUUGUAAUGCAUUUCUCUAAGAAAUGCUCAGUGUUUAAGGUGGUGCUCAGCGCCCUACUUAUUGUGGCUCUCCUGCAGCUUUUAUAUCUAUCCUUCCUCUCAAAAUUGCACGGCAAACAGCAGCGCUACAAAUAUUCAGAGCUUUUCGGCUCCAAAAAGAAUGCAAACCAAGGAGAGAAGAACCCCAGGCGGGAACAUCUCAGAUACUCUUUAUCCACAGGUGGGAUCUUCGAUGGGAGCGGACAAUAUCGAGUGUAUAAAAAUCUAAUCAAAAGCGACUUUUCGACCAAUCAGAAACCAGGCGCCGAUCCCAGAUCGCACCACUUGGCUUUAGCGACUCACACGACUAUCAACAACCUCCACCACUUGGAGUCUUUAUUGGAACGUUGGAAGAAUCCCAUCUCUGUCGCUAUUUUCGCUAAUGGCGAAGAUGUUAAAUUCGCGACUGCCAUCAUCUACGCGCUCAGCCUGUUUUGCCCACAGGUUCAAGCAUUGGUAGACUUCCAUCUUGUCUGCCAUUCUGGUGAAAUGGCCACUUUUCCAGACCAAGAUCGAGAGCAUUUUGUUGGCCUCCAGGAGAUGGGCUGUCCUGCCGUAUUCGCCAAACUGGAAUCCCACAGAGAUAAAUAUAAAAACUACGCCAUCGGCAGCAACGUUUCAUACCCCAAUAACCUUCUCCGCAAUGUGGCCCGCGGCGGCACAGAUGCGGCCUACAUCCUAGUCAUCGAUAUCGACAUGAUACCCAGUGCCAAUCUGCACCACCAGUUUGUGACCAUGCUAAUGAAGCGUGAACCGGCGGCGGAUGAAGUUCUGGUGCUUCCGGCGUUCGAAAUCCGACACAUUCGUAAAAUGCCAGCCUCGAAGCCGGAACUGGUGCAGCUGUAUCAGGUGGGCGAGGUGCGGCCUUUUUACGAUGAACUCUGCUCUCGCUGUCAGGCUCCAACUAACUACUCGCUGUGGGUUAACCUGGCCAGUAAAAGCUCGGGCCCGCUGGAGGUUUCCUACACUAUUAACUGGGUGGACCCCUGGGAGCCGUUCUACAUCGGUGCUCGAUCGGUUCCUCUGUAUGAUGAGAGCUUCAGGCAGUACGGCUUUAACCGCAUCAGCCAGGCUUGUGAGCUUCACAUCGCAGGUUAUCGCUUCUCUGUGGUCAGCAAUGCGUUUCUCCUGCACAAAGGGUUUAAGGUCCAGGGAGAGUUUCACAGCAGAAAAGACGAGGAGAACCGCAAGAACCGAAUCCUCUUCCGCAGCUUCAAGGAGAGCCUGAAGGCCAAAUAUCCAACCUCGCCUCGCCGCUGCUGAGAAAACAGACAAUACUUCGGUCAAAUCCUCAACAAGAUCUUCCAGACUUCACAGAGAAGAAUCACAGAUGCACAAAACUGAACGAACACUGUCUGUAUUUUCAGAAACUGUACUGUAAGGAGACACUCAUGAAUGC